ACAAAACGCCCAAUAGUAUUCAGACCCUCUGUGAACUAGAAUAUAAUGUUUUUGAAUUAAUAAAUGAAGCAUCUAAUAGCUCAUUGAUCUCUGGUGAACUAGAAUAUAAUGUUCGAUUGCCUUCAGACUCUUGUCUUCAGACUUCCAGUGAACUAGAAUAUAAUGUUCUUGGGUUAUUAGACGAAGUAUCUAAUGGCCCAUAG